AUGACUUUCACGUAUUUCGAUGUUGCUCUUAACACGGAAACAUCUUUACACUUAUCUUGUGACUUUGCCAUGAAACAUUUAUCGCCCAUGCGAAUUCGUAAGUUCCGUGAUGCGGGGUGCCUACAUCGUUACACAAGAUACUUUAAAAUACCAACAACUGGUCAGUGUUUAAGCGUAGAUUUUUCAUCUCUAACUUCCGAAACCGCGUUAGCCCUGUUGUGUAUCCGGUCAGUAUGCUUGACGGCUAGUCUAAACAGACAUUUGCCCACAACCUCAGACACACAAACAUAUAAAACGUCCAAUUCUCUGCUUCCCUAUUUCUUUAUCCUUCUUCGUGCUACACCUUAAUAUACUCACGUAGUUAGACACUUAUCGGUGUACAGUAGUUCGUCCACCGAAUAGACUUUAGGCUCGUGCAUUUGACUUUUUCUACACAACCCUGGCGUUGCCGCUUACAGAUCUACGCCUU